CUGGUUACAAAUCGCAGGCGCGACGCGUGAACGUGCUCUGCACGCGUUGCCGUGCCAAACACUUAAAACCUCCUCAAGCCCCACCACACUGCUCCCUCCCUCACACCACUUCUCCCCCUUCUAGACCCUUAUACCCCAUACCUUUUCGCGUCUUCACCAUGUUUGUCUUCAAGCGAGAUGGACGCAAAGAACGCGUGCAAUUCGACAAGAUCACAGCCCGCGUGUCGAGGUUGUGUUACGGGCUCGACCCUGACCAUGUCGACCCCGCCGCCAUCACAAUGAAGGUCAUCUCUGGCGUGUACCAGGGUGUUACCACAAUCCAGCUCGAUGACUUGGCCGCCGAGACAGCCGCAUACAUGACCACUACACAUCCCGACUACGCCAUCCUGGCUGCGCGUAUUGCGGUCUCCAACCUUCACAAGCAGACGAAGAAGCAGUUCUCUGCCGUCAUUCACGACCUCCACACAUACAUCAACCCGAAGAACAACAAGCACCAGCCUAUGAUCUCAGACCGAGUCUACAAGAUCAUUCAGGACCACGCCGAUGAGCUUAACAGUGCCAUUGUCUACGACCGUGACUUCAACUAUCAGUUCUUCGGCUUCAAGACAUUGGAACGCUCAUACCUUCUCCGCAUCAAUGGCAAGGUCGCCGAGCGCCCACAACACAUGCUUAUGCGUGUCGCUGUUGGCAUCCACAUGGAGAAUAUCGAGAAGGCCAUCGAGACAUACGAGUACAUGUCGCAAAAGUACUUCACACACGCGUCGCCGACGCUCUUCAACGCUGGCACACCCUCCCCUCAGAUGUCUUCGUGCUUCCUCAUCGACAUGAAGGAGGACAGCAUUGAUGGUAUCUACGACACAUUGAAGACCUGCGCAUUGAUCUCCAAGACUGCUGGCGGUAUUGGCCUCAACGUCCACCGCAUUCGUGCCACUGGCUCCUAUAUCGGAGGAACCAACGGAACAUCGAACGGUCUCAUCCCCAUGCUCCGUGUCUACAACAACACUGCCCGCUACGUCGAUCAGGGUGGCAACAAGCGUCCUGGUGCUUUUGCCAUUUACCUCGAGCCAUGGCAUGCUGAUGUCUUCGGCUUCCUCGAUCUCAGGAAGAACCACGGCAAGGAGGAGGUUCGUGCUCGCGAUCUCUUUUACGCUCUGUGGAUUCCCGAUCUCUUCAUGCAGCGUGUCCAGGAGAACGGCGAGUGGACACUGAUGUGCCCCAACGAGUGCCCUGGCCUCGCCGACGUCUACGGUGACGAGUUCGUUGCUCUCUAUGAGCAGUACGAGAAGGAGGGACGUGGUCGCGAGACUGUCCGUGCUCAGAAACUCUGGUACGCCAUCCUCGAGGCUCAGACUGAGACUGGUAACCCCUUCAUGCUCUACAAGGAUGCUGCCAACAGGAAGAGCAACCAGAAGAACCUUGGUACCAUCCGCAGCUCCAACCUGUGCACUGAGAUCAUCGAGUACACUGCACCCGAUGAGGUCGCUGUCUGCAACUUGGCCUCUGUGGCCCUUCCCUCCUUCGUUGACUACAAGCGUGGUGAGUUCGACUUCAAGAAGCUUCACGAGGUCGUCCAGGUCUGCACACGCAACCUCAACAAGAUCAUUGAGGUCAACCACUACCCCGUCGAGGAGGCACGCCGUAGCAACUUCCGUCACAGGCCUAUCGGCCUUGGUGUUCAAGGUCUUGCGGACGCUUUCCUUGCUCUUCGCCUGCCUUUCGAAUCUCCCGAGGCUAAGAAGCUCAACAUCCAGAUCUUCGAGACUAUCUACCACGCUGCCUUGACAUCAUCUUGCGACACUGCUAAAGAGCUUGGCCCUUACGCCACAUACGAGGGCUCGCCUGUUUCUCAGGGCCAGCUUCAGUAUGACAUGUGGGAUGUUACACCCACCGACCUCUGGGACUGGGCUGCGCUGAAGGAGAAGAUUGCACAGUACGGUGUCCGCAAUUCUCUGCUCGUCGCACCUAUGCCUACUGCCUCUACCUCCCAGAUUCUCGGCAACAACGAGUGCUUCGAGCCCUACACAUCGAACAUCUACUCUCGUCGUGUGCUUGCUGGAGAAUUCCAGGUCGUCAAUCCCUGGUUGCUCAAGGAUCUCGUCGACAUGGGUCUCUGGACUGAGAACAUGAAGAACCGCAUCAUUGCUGAGGGUGGUUCUAUUCAGCGCAUCCCCAACAUCCCUGACGAGAUCAAGGUCUUGUACAAGACUGUUUGGGAAAUCUCACAGCGUACAAUCAUCCAGAUGGCUGCCGACCGUGGUGCCUUCAUUGACCAGUCUCAAUCACUGAACAUCCACAUGAAAGAACCCACCAUGGGCAAGAUCACCUCCAUGCACUUUGCUGGAUGGAAGCUUGGUCUGAAGACCGGCAUGUACUAUCUCCGAACCAUGGCGGCUUCUGCCCCCAUCCAGUUCACUGUCGACCAGGAGGCUCUCAAGGUUGCCGACACCAACAUCGCCCGCGCCCUCCCAUCUAAGAGGCGUCAGCCUGGCUUCCAGCAAGCCGGCGUUGGCUCGCCUUCGCUUACCCCAGCUCCAGCCCCAGCCCCAAGGCCCAUGUACGCCACCAAGACUCCCAACGGUAUCUCGGACGCCAUAAACGGUGUACCGACACCCUCAGCCACUCCACCGCCCGUUGCUGAGAGCAAGCUCCCGCCUGCAGAGAACGUUCUGGCCAGCAAGCCCUUCAAAGCCGAUGUUGAAGAGGGCGACAGCCCCAAGCUCGUUGCCGUUGACUCUACGAGCAAGCCUGUCGAGGAAGAUUCGACGUCCAAGGACAAGCAGGCCGAGGAUGCUGACGAUGAUUCCAAAGAGCGCGAUGGUGACAUUUACGCCGAGGCUGCUCUUGCCUGCUCGAUAGACAACCCCGAGUCCUGUCUGAUGUGCUCUGGUUAGACGAAGGUUUGCUUUUAAGGGGGUUUACAUGGUGUUAGAUCUGGGUGGAUGGGCGGGCGACUGCCCUUGUUUCUCUGGCGUUGAUGGUACGGGUAAUGGGUCAGGCAAGAGGAGGAAUGAUUCACGAGUUUUGAAUAGCGAUAUAGUUGUUUUCUGCAGCUUUAGUCAAUGCAUGAUGCGUUUUUCGACA